UGGAUAAGGGUCAAAGAUGUGCAUUGGAAAUACGACCUUUACGUCCAUCUUUUUAACUUUUGUUUGCUGCAGAGGUUACAUCCAAAAAAUUAAGUAUGCCCUGAGAUGAUCGGUGCCUCUUUCGUUUCCUCUUCCUACCCCUCCUUCUCUCGUCUCACCUUACAUUCUUGUGUACAUUCCCCCCAUCCGAACACCUUUUUGUAUUGUUAUUCUCCGUUUAUCAGCAUGUAUUCUUACCUUGCUUGAGCCACUUCGCCCCUCAGAAAGAAAAAAAAAACCAACCAUGGAGAAGAUGCCGGAGGAAAACAGCAACCAAAUAGGUUCAGAUGCUCAAAAUACAUCGGUUCAACCACUGGAUGAUGCCUGGAAUUUCUUGGAUAAACAUGGGAAUAACCAGAACCCUGGUUUGGACCUGGUCGCAAUUCGACAUAAGAUUGAUCGGCGUAUUUUACCCUUCAUGUUUUGCUGUUACUUCCUACAAUUUAUUGAUAAAGUAAUGUAUAAUUAUGCGGGAGUCAUGGGAAUGAAGGCAGACCUGGAUUUGAAGGGAAACAACUUUAGCAACGGUGCAAGUGCCUUCUUUAUUGCGUCUUUGGUGGCUGAAGUUCCGAACAUAUAUCUUCUCCAAAAGGUUCCACCCGCAAAGUGGCUGAGCAUUAAUGUCAUCCUCUGGGGCGUUGCUGCAGCUGCGGCAGCAGGCGCGAAGGACUAUACAACUUUACUCGUCGCGCGUAUCUUCCUUGGGGCUUUUGAAGCCCCCGUAGGGCCGUCUCUAAUGCUCAUCAGUAGCCAAUACUAUACAAAAUCUGAGCAAGCCCCCAGAUUUACAUUUUGGUUUAUGGGCCUGGGGGUAGCACAGAUCAUUGGUGGAUUGAUUUCCUUUGGCUUCCAACAUGUACACCAUACAUUUGCCAGCUGGCGUAUUAUGUUCCUUGUCAUGGGGCUGAUAACCGUUGCUGUAGGCAUUUCUGUAUGGGUUUUGCUUCCGGAUACCCCAAUGCAAGCAAAGUGGCUAUCAGAUGAUCAGAAGGUGACACUCCUCCAACACGUCCGUGUGAACCAGACAGGCAUCCGUAAUGACAAAUUCGACCCCAAACAAAUACUGGAGGCGGUUCUUGACCCUCAGGUGUGGCUGUGGGCUUUAAUGGUUGCUUUGCAAGCGGUUUCUAGCGGGGUGGUGGUUGUGUAUUCGUCUACGCUUAUAGCUGGCUUCGGCUUUGGCGGGCCCAUCUCAGCCCUUCUAAACACCCCUUCUGGAAUUGUUAGUAUCUUCUUUACCAUAUUGGUAGGUAUUGGCAUCCGCAAAGCCUCGAACCGAUGGGCCUGGGUGUUCAUCUGCAGUAUUCCGGGAAUUAUCGGCGGCGGUCUCAUGUCUUUCCUCCCGAAGAGUAACCGAGCCGGAGUCCUGAUUGGAAUCUACCUGGUCAAUUCCAUUGUUGCUCCCAUGCCAGUCAUCUAUCACUGGAUGGCCGCAAACUGUGCAGGGUACACAAAACGCGCAUUUACGAGUGCUGCAGUGGCCGGGUUCUUCUGUGUGGGCAAUAUCAUAGGACCGCAGACUUUCCAGGCAAGGGAUGCGCCUGAAUACCGACCGGCUAAGAUUGCAGUCCUUGUGACUCAAGCAGUUGCAGGAGUAUUAUCUGUCGUUCUCUUUGGCUACUACUUAUGGGAAAACAAGCGGAGGGACAGCGCACAGACAGCCCAGGAAGGACAAGAGGUUAUCACGGAUGAGAAGGCAUGGGGUGGUUUGACCGACAAACAAAAUAAGGAUUUUCGCUAUGUGUAUUAAGUGUGCAGUGUUAUACAUAUCUAGCUGGGCUGUAGUUGAUAAAGCCAUUGGAAACUUUCUUUUAA